AUGUCCCCAGCCGAGAAAAAUUACGACAUCGGGAAUAAGGAACUACUUGCAAUCAAGGAAGCUUUCUCGGAGUGGAGGCACCUUUUGGAGGGGGCCACCAUUCCCGUAACCGUCUUGACUGAUCACAAGAACCUUGAGUUUCUGCAUAACGCCAAAAGAUUAUCCUCCAGACAGGCCAGAUGGAGCCUGUUCUUUUCUCGUUUUAACUUUAUUAUUACCUACCGUCCAGGUUCUAAGAACAGCAAAGCAGAUGCGCUGUCCAGAAUGUUCUCUGACUCCUCCCAAGAAAAUAAGAAUCAAACCACGAUCCUGAUUGAAAGAAACUUCUUGGUGGCCACCCAUUCGAGGGAUUUAUGGAAACGAACUAAAGACGGAUAUCAGAGUGACUCUUUUCUUAGCCACCCCACUAGUAAGGUUAACAAUCACUUCAAGGAUGGUUAUUGGAUCAAACAGGAUCAUCAACUAUAUGUUCCCGAAAUAGCUCGACUUGAAGUCCUUAAACUGGCUCAUGAUUCCAAGUUGGCCGGUCACUUGGGCAUAAAAAAAACCCUCAAGAACUGUUAUCUCGUUCCUUCUGGUGGCCCAAUUAAUGUUGCAGAUAUUAAGAAGCUGAAAUCUGUAGGAAUAUGCACAGUAAAAGGGAUUCAGAUGACCACGAAAAAAGCCUUGUGUAACAUUAAGGGGCUAUCAGAAGCUAAAGUUGACAAAAUAAAGGAAGCAGCAAACAAAUUAAUAGAGCCUGGCUUUCUUACUGCCUUUGAAUACAGUAUGAAGAGGAAGAUGGUGUUUCAUAUAUCAACUGGAAGCCAGGAACUUGACAAGCUACUUGGAGGGGGUAUUGAAAGCAUGGCAAUAACUGAGACAUUUGGAGAAUUCCGAACUGGUAAAACUCAGCUAUCUCAUACACUUUGUGUGACUGCCCAGCUUUCUGGACACAAUGGAUAUUCUGGAGGAAAGGUCAUAUUUGUGGACACCGAAAAUACAUUCCGCCCAGAUCGUCUUCGAGAUAUAGCUGAUCGGUUUGGAGUGGACCAUGAUGCAAUGCUUGACAAUGUGUUAUAUGCCCGGGCUUAUACAAGUGAACAUCAGAUGGAGCUUUUGGAUUAUGUAGCAGCAAAAUUUCAUGAAGAAGCUGGUGUUUUCAAGCUUUUGAUUAUUGAUUCUGUAAUGGCUCUCUUUCGAGUGGAUUUCAGUGGACGUGGAGAAUUGGCUGAAAGACAGCAGAAACUAGCUCAGAUGUUGUCCAGACUUCAGAAAAUUUCUGAAGAGUACAAUGUUGCUGUAUUUAUUACAAAUCAAAUGACUGCUGAUCCAGGAGCAACAAUGACUUUUCAGGCUGAUCCUAAAAAGCCUAUUGGAGGCCACAUACUUGCACAUGCUUCGACAACAAGGAUUAGCUUAAGAAAAGGAAGAGGCGAGCUGCGUAUUGCUAAAAUUUAUGACAGCCCAGAGAUGCCAGAAAACGAAGCCACAUUUGCAAUAACUGCAGGUGGUAUUAAUGAUGCAAAGGAGUGA